AUGGCAAGAGCUGAGAUAGCCCAGAGAUGGGACCACACAGAAAUCAGUGUUCAGGAUUUCUCCUAUAGGUGGACCAUCAGCAACUUCCCUGUUAUCGCUGAGGAAAUGCUGCAAAGCAUUAGAAGCCCAACUUUCUCAAUAGGAGCCCAUGACAAAUGGUGUUUGAGAGUAAACCCGAAUAGAGUGGAUGAAGAAAGUGCAGAUCACCUGUCAGUUUACCUAGUGUUGCUCAGCUGUCUAAAGAGUCAUAUUUGGGCAAAGUUCCGGUUCUGGAUCAUAAGUGCCGAAGGAGAGAAAACGAAAGUCAAGAAGAGCCCAAGAGCCUUUUAUGUUCUUGACAGGCCAGGACUGCGGUUACAAACAAUUCCUUCUUUGAUAUUUUUUCUUUUGUCUUAUGCAUUUUGGCUUCUCCCAGACGACCAGCUCACCCUUGUCUGCAAGGUGAGCAUGGUCCAGGGCUCUUUGAGCCUCUGUGACCAUAACAAGAAGCCGGGCAUUCUGGUUCCCAGAUGCACAUUGGCAGAUGACCUAGGAGAGCUGAGGGAAAAAUCCCAAUUCACUGACUGCUGCCUAGUGGUAGCUGGCCAGGAAUUCUGAUCUCACAAGGCCAUCUUAGCAGCUCGCUCUCCAGAUAUCAGAGCCAUGUUUCAACAUGACAUGGAGGAGAACAGAAAGAAUUGCGUUGAGAUGCCUCACCUGGAGCCACAAGUCUUCAAGGUAAUGAUCGACUUCAUUUACACGAGAACAGCACCAGACUUGGAUAGAUUGGCAGCUGCUGUGCUGGCAGCUGCUGACAAGUAUGGUCUGGAGCAUUUGAAGAUAUUGUGUGAGGAUGCCCUCUUCAGGGACCUCUCUGUGGAGAAUGCUGCCCACACUCUCUUCCUGGCUGACCUCCACAGCUCAGGGCAGCUGAAAACCCAGACACUGGAUUUCAUUACAGCCCAUGCUUCUGAGGUCUCGAAGACCUACUGGAAGACAAUAGUGGGCUCAUAUCUACACUUAGUGGUUGAAGCUUACGGUUCCCUGUCGGCUCACUGUCCUUUCCUGGAGCAGAAAGUGAUCUCUGGUAUGAUGGGUUCAUCCUUCUCUGCAAGAGCCAUGUUUCAACAUGACAUGAAGGAGAGCAAAAGUAGCCUCAUUGAGCUACAUGACCUGGAGCCACAAGUCAUUAAGAAAAUGAUGGACUUCAUUUACACUGGAAAGGCACCAGACCUGGACAGCAUGGCAGAUGCUGUGCUGAUAGCUGCUGACAAGUAUGGUCUGGAGCUUUUGAAGACCAGCAGGCAUAAAAAGCGGGUACACUGUGGCUCCAUCCUCAAUGCCAAAGAGCUGUAUGAAGAUGCCCAAAUGGCUCAGAAGGUGAAGCAGUACCUGUCCAACCUAGAGCUGGGUAUGGAUGAGGAGAGGCUCCGGACACUGUCGCUUCAGUGUGAGCCAGCAACCAGCACCUUAUAUUCAGAAGAUGGACAAGUGUCGGUGGUUUGGGGUGGUGCAGGCUUCUUGAUCCACCUAGCAAACCACCUAAAGGAGAGCACAAGAAGACAUCUGAAGCAUUGGAGCUUUGGCAAGCACAUCCAGAGGAUGGUGGACCAGUUUGCCUUGUUCGCUGCCUUAAAGCAUGUAGAGGCUAUGAAGAUUUUACCAGAGUACAAGGCUCCCUUCCCUCGACCUGCCAUCGAUAUCUUUAAUCUGUAUUAA